GAUGCGUCACUCGCAACUCACCGCCAUGGCCAGCAUUUCCAGCACGUUUCUCGCUUUUGCUGCCCUCGUGGUCACAGGGUCACUGAGCUUCGCGGACUGCUCUUCUGUGGGACAGAACACGGAAGUCGGUGUCUCCAGCAGCAACUACUCUUCCGUAAUGACAGCUAUCGUCGGCAGCACUAUGAACCUCCGGUGCCCCCUGUCCUUCAAGGACAAAGUUUCACAGGUGGCAUGGAGGCGGAAGGACAAUUUGACACAUGGAAGCUACAACACCACUGACAAGCGUUUCCGCAAUAUAAUUGACGUACGAACUGGUGAGAGGUCUCUGCAGAUACUCUCCGUGCAGUUCAAUGACUCCGGCGUCUAUGCCUGCUUUGUCCCUGGCAUACCGACCAAGGAACACUCGGUAUAUCUCUCUGUCAUCGGGUCUGACGGCUCUUCUGGCGGGCAGAGCGCAGAAAACUCGUCUUCCGUGGUGACGGCGGUUCUCGGCAGCACUGCCUACCUCUCGUGUAGUCUGCCCAACAUUGGCAGUUCAUUGGUGCAUUGGAGUCGGGAUGAACUCGUGACGGACACAAGCUACAGGAAGACGUUACACCGUUUCCGCAGCAUGAGGAACUUACAGUCUGGUAAAAGGGCUAUGAGGAUAAGUUCAGUGCUAAAGAAGGAUUCGGGCAUCUACUUCUGUUAUCUCCCCGGUGUGGCAAACAGCCGACACACGAUACAUUUCACUGUCGUCGAGCCGGAGAUUUUGGGUGAGCGUACCAGGUCAGUUGUGGAUGGUGACUCCGUCAGCCUGAUGUGUGUCAUCGACCCCAGUCCAACAUCGGAGGUCAACAUUGAGUGGACGCGAGAUAAUGGAGAUGAGACCGUCCACCUCCAUAACAACGAACGCAUCACCACCGUCGUAGAGAGAGAUGCAGCUUUGAAGAGCACCUUGGUGAUCAACAACAUCCAGCUGGUGGAUGCUGGAAACUACACCUGCACUCCAUCUGAAGGCAACAGCACAGCAACCGUCGCUGUUCACAUAGUCCAUAGGCGACUUCAAGCUAAUACUAAUAAGACAGAACAAUCAUCUGUGAAUGUGACUCUCAACGAUGUGGAAUCUCGUACCUACUGAGGAAGCUCGCAGAAGGGAUGGAAAGGAAGAGAAGAGUUGAUAAGUACGAAUGAAGAGAGGGCUGACUGACUAAACUACGAGUACAGCGGUUGGUCAUGUAAGUCCUUUCCAGGCAAGAGUACGCGAACAAAGUAGUGGUAAUACAUACAGAAAAGAAAAGACUCAUGUGGAUGAAAGGAAAAUGACUGAGGCAGAAUGAAAAUGAACGCAUACAUAGCGUUGUGUAAUUGUUUGUAUCUUUAACAUUUUGGUUAUAAUAAAAUAUUCCAAUUUCUGUUCA